GAAAAGUUUGCGAUAUGCCGAUCUGUGCAUAAGCGCUUCCUGAAUGACCCAAAAUAUGAAAUGUUCCGUGAUCCGGUGAGAUGGGAAGAGUUGGGACUCUAUGAAUAUAGAAAAAUCGUCAAACGGCCAAUGGAUCUGACGACCAUUGAUAAAAAACUAAAUAACAGAGAAUACUGCACUCCAGCGGAGUAUAUAUUUGACAUGCGGUUGAUUUAUCGUAACUGUUUGACAUUCAAUACUGUAUUUAUUUAUUGUCUACAACUCAAUGUAGGACUCGCCUGCGCUGUGCGAUAUUGCUCAGCAGUUUAUUGACGAAUUUGAAAAGAUAGUGAAGGAAAAGAAGUUAUAUGGUAUGUACUACACGUUUUUGACUGAAUGAAUAGACUUUGCGUAUAAGAUCGUUCCAAAGAAGUCAGAAGAGCAAACGAAGCAGUUCAUUUACGCGAUGCAGCACGCAGAUCCCAAAGUCCUUGGCAUUGUUCUGAAUGCUGUGUCUCUAAUUGCUCCGGAUUGCAUUGUCUACGGUGAGGGCAGUACUUGUGACAUGGAUGUUUCUAAAAUGGAUGGGAGUUUGGUGGAGUAUUUCUUGGGAUUUCUAGUGUCGGCUUCCAGCUAGUUUUUCGUUUCCUUAGCUAAUGUUUUCUUGUUUGUUCCUAUACUCCUUUCAAAUAGACCAGCUGGUCCAGAGAAGGGUGCUCUGCGCGAACAUGCGAUCUAGGACCCAAGAGAGGAAAGAAAGAGUUCGAGAAUGUUCUUUCUGUUUUCUCCAUGAACUCUGUACUGCACAUAUAUAUCUUUUGCUUUGAAACGAAUUCAAAAUGUCUGUUUUAGGAAUUGAUUUUGGUAGCGAUGCCUGCGUUAUUGGACAAGCUGGCGGAAUGGGAGCUGGACUUGGUCGUGGAGGUAUCGAUAUCAUCUUAAAUGACAAUUCAAAGAGACGUACACCAUCUAUUGUGUCUUUUCAAGAUGAGGAGCGUUUCAUCGGAGAGCACGCCGAGCCCUACGUACGUUCCAAUGCCAAGAACACUCCUUCCAUGAUGAAGAGUCUGCUCGGCCGAAACUACAGCGAUCCGGAGGUGCAGGAAGAGAUGAAGAAGCUUCCGUUCAAGCUGGUUCCCCUGGAGAACGACCACAUCGGCAUUUCUGUGAACUAUGGCGGCGAGACGCGGGUUUUAACUCCCGAGCACAUCACAGCGAUUCUGCUCCGUCACUGCUGCUCGCUGGCGCAGAAGUCCUCGAAGCACAGCGGUAACUCGGAUGUGGUCAUCUCGGUUCCUCCCUUCUGGAACGACUCGCAGCGCCGCGCGAUGUACCACGCGUCGCAGAUCGCCGGCGUGCGCUGCCUGCGCCUGCUGAACGAGAACGUUGCGACGGCUCUGGACUACGGCAUAUUCCGCAAUCUGAAGGGCGAAUUCUCGGACAAGCCCGUGUACAUUCUGUUUGUCGACAUGGGCUACACCGCCACGCACGCCACCGUCGCCGCCUUCACCAGCAGCAAGGUCAAGAUCCUGUCCUGCGCGUACGACCGGCAUUUGGGCUCGCGCGCGUGCGACGAGGUGAUCGCGAACUUCAUCGCCGAGGGCUUCAUCGCCAAGUACCACUCCGACCCGCGUCAGAACACGCGCGCCAUGGCCAAGCUCCUCGCCGCCGCCGAGAAGACCAAGAAGACGCUGUCGCCUGCGGGCGUGACGAAGGCGCCGAUCUACGUGGAGUGUCUCUACGAGGACCGCGACUUCCAGACCGAGCUCGCGUUGAAGGACUUCCAGGACCUCUGCGCGGCGCAGAAGCUCCCGGAGCGGCUGCAGAGCGUCGCGCGGCGCGCGCUGGAGGAGGCGGGGCUGACGGCGAAGGAGCUGACGGCGUGCGAGAUCGUGGGAGGCGGAAUGCGCGUGCCGCAGAUGAAGCGCGCGCUGGCGGAGACGCUGGGCUUCGACACGACGCAGCCGAGCAUGGGAUUGUCCACCACGCUGAACAUGGACGAGACCGUGGCGCGAGGCUGCGCGCUGCAGUGCGCCAUUCUCUCGCCGCGCAUGCGCGUGAAGCCCUACGACAUCGUGGAUCGCAUCCCCUACGCGGUCCGUCUGGUCUCGCGAGUGAACGGCAAGGAGAGCCAAACCGAUCUCUACAAGAAGGGCGACGAGUUCCCCGCCUAUCGGCGCGUCACCUUCCACACGCGCAGUCCCAUCCAGCUCCAGCUCGUCUACUCGGAGGAUUCGUUGCAGCUGCUGAUGCCCGGAACGCGCCCGCAGAUCGCCAAGAUCGCCAUCGACAUGUCGCAGAAGGAAACGGCGAAGGAGGAAGAGAAGGAAGGCGCGAAGGAGGAAGAGAAGGCCGGAAAGGAGUCGGCGGAGAGCGAGAAGAAGAUGGAGGAAGAGAAGGAGGCGGCGGGCAGCGCGUCUGCGAAGCCGGAAGAGAAGAAAGAGCCGCCGAAGCCGACGUUCAAAUACGAGGCGUUGCCCGUGACGAACGAGUUCACCGGGCUGCUGCCGAGCCAGCUGCAGGCCACGGAGGAGGAGGAGAAGAAGAUGCAGCAGAAGGACGCGGAGAUCCAGGCGCGGAACCGCGCGAAGAACGAUCUGGAGAGCUACAUCUACAACAUGCGCGACAAGGUGACAAGCUCGUACCAGGCGUACAUCCUCGAGUCCGACCGCGAGGUCUUCCUCAACGACCUCGACUCCACCGAGAACUGGCUCUACGACGACGAGGGCUACUACGCCAAGCGCGAGGUCUUCGAGGAGCGGCUCAGCAAGCUCCAGAAGAUCGGCGAGCCGGUCGCCACGCGCUUCCGCGAAGCGCAGGAGCGCCCCGACGCGGUGUCCAAGCUCUCCGAGCGGCUGGAGACCGUGGAGCGGCUGCUGAACACGCCGAACGAGAAGUACGAGCACAUCACGACGGAGGACCGGAAGCCGGUGUUCGACCUCGUGGCGGAGAGCCGAAGCUGGCUGAGCGACAUGCUGAACAAGCAGAGCAUGAAGAACAUGACCGAAGACCCCGUGCUGCUCGUCGCCGACCUCCGUGAUCGACUCAAUAAUGUCAAUGCGCUCUUUGACAAGGUGAUGAGCAAGCCCAAGCCUGCUCCCAAGAAGACCGAGACGCCCAAGUCGCCCAAGUCGCCCAAGGAGGGAGAGGAGACGCCCAAGACCCCCAAGUCGCCGAAGGCAGAGAAGGAGGAGGCGGGGGCCGAAGGAGAGACGCCGAAGUCGCCGAAGUCGCCGAAAGCAGAGAAGGAGAAGAGCAUGGAGGUGGAGAGUGAUGAAGGAAAGAUGGAGGUGGAAUAAGGAUGGUGAAGAGUGUCUGCGUGUAGUGUUGUUAUGCUGUUGUC